CGAACAGCAUCAAUCCAACAUUGUCAAUCGAACCAACAUGAAGUUCACAAUUAUUUUGCUGCUCGUCUCGAUGUGCGCCAUGGCAAUGGCUGGCUACGAGAGGCCACCAUAUCGGCCCAGACCCACCUUUAGGCCGGUUCACCGAAUUGCACGAGCGGCUGGCUAUGAGCGACCUCCAUACCUGCCCAGACCCACCUUCAGGCCUAUUCGGAUUGCACGAGCAGCUGACUAUGAGCGACCUCCAUAUCUGCCGAGACCCACCUUCAGGCCGAUUAACCGAUAUGUACGUGAGGCGCCACCAGCAGAGCUGCUGCAAGAAGAUACCCUACAAUUCUAGAAAUGCACAG